AGGAUGAUGACGCUGAAGAGGAUGAUGACGAAGAUGAAAACGAAGACGACGAAGUUGAAAGCAAUUAUGUACCAUCUCCAGAAAUGAAUCUUGGUCAUGAUAAAGGCUUGUUUAAUGGUGAUAUUCGGUUAACUUCAGAACAGAAAAAAAGGAUCAUGAAUCGCAAUCAGAAGAGGGCCGCAAGAAAAACAGGCUUAUGGACACAAAACACUAUCUGCUACAAAAUUGACCAAAAGAAAUUGCGUAAGUGCGACAUUCUAAAAAAAUUCUAAAAAAUAAAUAAAGGUUAUGUUAACUAUUCAAAAUAAAUUAUUUUAGCUAAAGACAUGAGAAGAUCCAUAAAAAGGGCAAUAAACAAAUUCCAACAGGCAUUGAAAGACUGUGUAGAAUUUAUUAACUUGAGAAAUAAUAAAACAUUGGAAGAGAAAAUUAGUAAGGAAAAGUAUCAUGGUGGACCAGUCCCUCACAUCUUCUUCACGAGAAAUCAUAUAAAUGACACCGGGUGUUGGUCUUACGCUGGAAGAGUUGAGAUUGCCGAUAAAGUUCCCGGUCAACAAAUUCUACAUGCUGGCAACGGUUGCGAAGAUAGUAUGUUACAUGAGAUAGCUCAUGCUGUUGGAUUUUGGCAUGAACAGAGCAGACCAGAUCGCGACAAAUAUGUGAGAGUCAUGGUAGGAAACAUCAUGGAUGAAUACAAAGGACAAUUCAAUAAAUCAUCUGACGAAGCCGUUGACAGCAUGGGUUACGCUUAUGACUUUCAGUCAAUUACACAUUAUGGCAAGUAUUUUUUUUCGAAAAAUGGGAAGAAAACAUUAAAGGCAAGAAGGAAAUAUCGUAAGUUCGCGAAAAAAAUGGGACAAAGAUCUUAUCUGAGCUUACUAGACCAUGCUCAAAUGAGAGGCAUGUACAAAUGUAACAAGAUUCCAAGUCUGGAAAGCAAAAAAGUGUGUGUUAGCAAGAAAACUAAAGGUCGUGAUUACAGAGGUAAGUUAGACUACACAGAACAUGGAGUUAUGUGCCAAUCUUGGAACCAUCAAUAUCCACACUCCCAUAAUUAUACUUGCAAAGAGAAAAGAGAAGGGCUUGGAAGACACAACUAUUGUCGCAACCCUUUUGGUCAGAAAGAACGGCCGUGGUGUUUUACGACAUUAACUGGUACUGUAUGGCAGUACUGCGAUUUAAAGCUUUGCGACGAUUAA